CUUGCAUUCAACAAACUUAUUCUUCUCUGUUUUUACUACAAAAUUUGCUUGAAAUUCCACACACAAAAAAAAAUUAUCCUUUGUUUUCCUUAAGAAAUGGCAAUGUCAAGGAAUAUUUCUCUUCUACUGUAUGUCACUUUGAUGCUUAUUGUUCUUACAGCAAACCAGGCUGAAAGUCAAUCUUCACAGCCACAAAUCCAAAGUGGCCACUCAAUGCAGGGUGCCUCACAAGGGAGCCUUCAUCCUCAAGAAUGUGGACCAAGGUGCACAAUGAGAUGCUCAGCUACCCAAUACAAGAAACCUUGCUUGUUUUUCUGCCAGAAAUGUUGUGCUAAGUGCUUGUGUGUCCCACCUGGUACUUACGGCAACAAGCAACUAUGCCCUUGCUACAACAACUGGAAGACCAAGAGAGGAGGACCUAAAUGUCCUUAAUUAUUUUAGGACUAUUUAUUUUGGACUCAUUUAUUUUUCUAAGUAUUAUUACUUUAGUUUUCCCAACUACUCAAAUUUAGGAGUAUUUAUUGCUCUUACUUAAAGUAGUUGUAGUACUAUCGUACUCUUUUUUAAGUUCUAACUACAUUAGUAUUUUAUAUUUAGUAGUAGUAUUUUAGGAUCUAUUAUUAAGAAAAGAAGGAACCAUGCACCUAAGAAAUGGUCCUUUAUAGAAGUAGUUUAUUUGAUGCAAUUACAUAUUAUAAUUUGAUUAUUUGUAUGUUUAUUUUUCGAAUUAUAUGUAAUGUAUUGAAUUUGUCAUUA